AUGAAGCCAUCAUUUGUUGGCUAUAUCCUUAAAUCUCUUCUGCUCACCAUCGCGCUCAUCCACUGUGCCCGCUCACUUGAAGGCCCUGGCUUAGAGCAUUCAGGCUGUAGGAGUGCAUACAAGAGAAAUCUGGCAAGACGACAACUCGGCACUGCUUCCGGGGAAGGAGCAUCAGUUAAUCCAAGUGGUGGUGCAUCAGGUGCAGGAUAUUCUUGUGAUCCAAAUUCAUGCAAAUUACCGCAUUGUAGAUGCGCAGAUGCAAAACCGCCGGGAAAUCUUGAUUUGAAGGAUGUGCCACAAUUUAUCACAAUGACGGCUGAUGAUGCUAUUCAAUCGUACACCCUUGAUGUCUUGAAUGCGUUGACUAACGGACGCAAGAAUCCAAAUGGAUGUCCUGUCACCAGCACAUACUUCAACUCUUUGGAUUACACGAAUUAUUCAAUGGUGACGGAUUACUAUGUUGCAGGAAAUGAAGUUGCAGAUCAUACCAUCACUCAUGUUGCUCAACCUAGCAUUGCAGAAGUGUCGGGAAAUCUUGUUGCUCUCAAUGCGCUUGCUGGUAUUCCAUUCAAACGUAUUAUCGGAUUUCGUGCUCCUUUCCUCAAUUACACCAAACAGAACCUUUUGGAUUUAGCCAAAAUGAGUUUCACGUACGAUUCAAGUAGCACGGCUGCAUUGCCAGCAUCUGAUCCCAAUACGGAUGCCUUUUGGCCUUAUACACUGGACAAUGGUAUGGCAAAUGAUUGUGAUGUAGAUGGACUUGCAAUCUGCCAUGGUGAACCCAAGUUGCCAGGAUUCUGGGAGCUUCCGAUGUACACGACAUACAAUCCAGACAAGAGUGUGUUGGGUUUAAUGGACCCUUGGCUCGAGACCACACCCGAUAAGACUCUUGAAGCGCUCAAGUGGACAUUCACCGAUCAUUACAACGCGCAGAAGCAACCAUUCGGUCUAUAUACACAUCCAAUCCAUAUCUCUACUACAUACCCAGGCGCACCUGUGCCUGGAAAUACGAAGCAGAUUCAAAUGUUGAACCAAUUCUUGGACUUUGCCAUGACGAGUGGACAAUUCCAGAAUGUAUGGAUGGUAAACAAUCGACAAUUAUUGGCAUGGAUGCAAAAUCCUGUUCCUGCAAGUCAAUUGAACACUUUGCCGGAAUUUCAAUGCCAAACGCCUAACAUUCCACAAGCACAAAUUUGUUCAGGUAUUCCAGCCAAAGAAGAGAAAUUGUUGGAACAUUGCAUCAGCGAUACGGCAGGUGAUUCGUUGAAUAAUUCACCGUUUUAUACCUGCUACGGAUGUCCAACCGUCAGGCCAACACCUGAUCAGCCCAAUCCACCGCAAAAGAACAACGAUGGCUCAGUACGCAAGCGAAUUGACUCUACAUGCGAUACGCCUUUCUGGGAUCCAAUUGCCGGCAAAUGUCUCAAUUCCGGAUUCCAAGAUGAUACCCGUCCCAUUGGACCGAAUGGCGCCAAUUUGACCAGCUCUGGAUCGACCAAUACAGCCAACCUUAGCGAUUCAUCUGACAGUUCGGAUGGCUUCAAGAAGUUUGGCAAUGGUGCAAAUUCUGUAAAUGCGUUUACGGCUGCAACUUUCACAAAUCUUGUAGGAGCAGUAGUCAUGUUGUCUUUCCCAUUUGUCCUAUUCACAUAA